UCCCUUACAAGCUCUUCACCGACCACGGCGGCCUGAACGAGAAGCGGAAGCAGCGCAGGAUUCGCACCACCUUCACCAGCGCGCAGUUGAAAGAGCUGGAGAGGGUCUUCGCCGAAACCCACUACCCGGACAUCUACACCCGAGAGGAGCUGGCCUUGAAGAUCGACCUCACCGAAGCCCGAGUGCAGGUCUGGUUCCAGAACCGGCGGGCCAAGUUCCGCAAGCAGGAGCGGGCGGCGGCGGCGGCGGCGGCGGCGGCCAAGAACGGCUCGUCCGGGAAGAAAGCGGACCCG